CUCCUCCUCCUCCUCCUCCUCCCUGCUCCUGCAUCACCCACAUAGCCAUCAUCGCUGACGACUGCAGAUUUAGAUCAUUCCCACGCGAGCUCUCACACACAGAGGAGCAGAAACAGCUGAAGAACCUCUCUGACUCUCACUCUCACCUCAGAAAUGGAAAGAGGAUGGAUCGUGUUGGCCGCUGCGUUGGUGCUCUUUAUGACACCAGAUGUCCAGGGAAUGGGUCACUUGUCUUUUUCCAAUGACACACAGGUGAACAUCACUCGAGAUGGCUGUGGAAUGUCUAAACUGUGUGUGGAGACACCAAAAAACUGCAACCCCGCUGGAAACACCUCCUGUCUGUUCGCCUCCGUGGUCUCCUCCACCCCAGUGCCCUCCAACGGGACUGAACUAUCCAUCGAGCUGAGCGGAGAGUCCGCAGGAUACAUCGCCCUGGGGCUCACUGUCAACGCCUCAGAGGGUACCAGCAUGCUUUUCAUCUGCGCUCAUAACAGCUCGGACAAUGGGACGUUCUUUUUCCGGACAAUGGAGAGGAACAACACCGACAACGUGCUCACUCCAACGGAGAGGACAGUGGAAGAAAUCCGUGGCAUGGUGAAUGGAAAUAUGAUCAAGUGUGAGUUCACUGUCCCGGAUGUGAACACCACCAAAACCAGGAACAGCCAAUCCACCACCUUCUCCGUCCUCCUCGGGAGCGGAAGCUUCAACGGAAGUUCUCUCGGUGCCUUCAAUGUGUCCCUGAACAGCGGAGCACUGAACCUCGCCAAACCCGACAGCACCGUCCCAACCACCACAGCACCACCCAUCAGUAAUACUACAGCACCCAUGAGCAACACCACCAUGCCCAACAACAGUGGAGCUCUCCAGCCUCAUGCCGUGCUGCUCCUGCUGAGCGUCCUCACGCUGACCGUCAUGCUGAGAGUCUGAGAGGAGGAAGUUGUGUCCAGUUUAAUAAAUUGAGUGUCAAGCUUUGUAUAAAACGUUUUAACUGAACUUUUUUGAUUUUGCACUGUUUGUUCAUGAGAUGUAACUUAUGAUCAAACUCCAGAUGAAACGCGACUGACAGUCAUGUGGAAUUUGCAAACACUUGUUAUGGUUUAAGUGAUAAAUUAUUUUAUACAUUUUCUGCAUAGUGCUCUAGAAAAAGUGUUGUAAUUAAAGUUUUUAAUUUAUGUAAUGUAUCCACAUAAUCCAGCCUAUCUAGCACCUCAGUUCGUUUUUAUAGACAUAUAUUUGCAGACAUUAAACCCUUUUCUGAAGUAGACUUCAAGUGACAAACAGCUAACACACAUUCAGAGAAACCCAAGCCAAUCCAGCAGUGUCAUUAUUGGGUUUGAAUAUUUACGUGUAAAAUGUACUGUGACUGUAAAAUGCUUUUUAAUCAAAGAUUAAAAUACAUUUGAAUUGUA